AUGCCCAUAAAAAUUCUUCUCGCUCGUCAAGUAUUCGACGCAACUGGUGUCCCAACGGUGGAGGUCGAUAUGGUCACAGAGCUAGGACUGUUCCGAGUGGGAGUGCCUUCUACCGACAAUAAGAAAAUCGCCGAAGAUCUGCAACUACGUGAUAAUAACCCAGCCGAGUACCACGGGAUGGGUGUGUCAAACGCUGUCAAAAACAUCAACACCAUUAUUGCACCAGAACUCAUUAAGCAGAAUCUAGAAGUCACAAUGCAAAAGGAAAUCGACCAAUUCCUAAUUUCAUUAGACGGAACAGAAAACAAGUCGAGGUUAGGCGCCAAUGCCAUAAUGUGCGUCUCUCUUGUCGUUGCAAAAGCAGGUGCUGCGAAGAAGGGCGUGCCACUGUACCGGCACAUUUCAGACAUGGCUGAAGUCACUACUAUCAUAUUACCUGUUCCUCAUUUCACAAUUUUGACUGGUGGCGUUUUAGCUUCGAAUGGUUUACCCUUUCAGGAGUAUUGUAUUAUGCCCACCGGAGCUGCAUCGUUCGCGGAAGCACUUAGAAUUGGCGUUGAGAUUUACGGUUACGUAAAGAACGUUAUCUCUAGCAAAUAUACUGCCGAAACUACAUAUGUUAGUGAUAGCGGUGGUUUUGCGAUACCUUUGGAAAGCCAUCGAGAUGCACUGCUGUUUCUUACCGAUGCUAUCAAACAGUGUGGGUACGCUAACAAAGCAGAGAUAUCCAUAAACGCUUCUGCGACUGACUUUUACAAGGACGGCGCUUACGACUUAGAAUUCAAAAAUCCCAAUUCAAAUCCUCAAGAUUACAUGUCGUCUGAUAAGUUGGCAGAAGUGUAUCUUGAUAAUAUGAAAGAAUUUCCUGUGUGCUCUAUACAAGAUGGAUUUGAUUUUGAUGAUUGGGCAGCGUGGUCGAACUUGACGGCUCGUACCAACGGACAAUUAUUCGGUAAUGAUCUAACGCAGACUAAUUUAAGGAGGGUCGGGCUUGCAGUUGAAAAGAAAGCUGGCAAUACUCUCGGUCUAAGGUUGAACCAGAGUGGAACGUUGACUGAAGUAAUAGAGGCCUACAAAUUGAUGAAAACCAACAGCUUCGGCAUUGUUGUAGUAGAUCGUUGGGGUGAUACUGAGGAUUUGUUCUUAGCUGACUUGGUGGUUGGCUUGUCAGCUGGCCAGUUGAAGUGCGGAGCCCCAGUUCGCUGCGAACGUAUCGGCAAAUACAAUCAGGUGCUACGCAUUGAGGAGGAAUUGGGAGCUUUGUCAAAGUAUGCUGGAAAAAACUACCGUGGUCAACAAUAG